GUUUACCUUUGUGGGACCUGAGACGUCAGUCAUCCCUUAUCAGACCUAGAAACACAUGUAUUUACUUAAAAUUGAUAUAUUUACACCUGUUUUGAAACGCACCUCCAGUUAAGAAACAAUUACUGUACAUACUUAUCAAAUAUCUUGCGUCAUAAAUCUUCUUUGGCUAACAAUAAAUUAACGCAAAGCAUUAAUCAUACCAAAAACUCAAGACGUAAACAUGUUCCACAUUUGGCGCCAGUAUCGAAAUUCUGCGAAAAGCUGAUGCAGUUCCUGGGAUUUCCAGGCCCUUUUUAUUGAAACUUGUCAAGGUCACGUUGCGCCGAAAAUAAACAUCCUCUUUAAGUUUUUUGCAAAUUCGUUUUCAACAUGGCAGCAAUCAGACGGCAAUUGUCAGAUAUCGGCAGGUGGAUGCCGGCGGUUCAGCUGAUAGCGAUGCAAUGUGACAUGCCAAAUCUUAUCUGAGCUGAAAUAGUAAUUGGUUUCCAAAUAUAUAGCCUCGCUGCUUCAAAUCGGAGAGUAAGAACUUACAAUUUAUUGUCUAUAUAAUGCCGCAUUCCCGUUUGCCGGCAGUUAGUCGGUUUUGUUUACCCAACAGAAACGAUGCAGGGAACUGUCAGAGCUGCAAGUGUGCUGCUCCUGCUGCUGGCAUUGGCUGUCCAGCUGCAGCACAGCAGUCAAACGGAAUAUAUCAGCAGCGGCAAGGACAUAUGUCGCCUCUUUCCCGAUGGCACGAAGAUACGCAAGCCCGGCUACUGCGAUCGAACGGUUGUGUGUCAGAAUCAUGUGAGCAUAGACGACGAAAUAUGCAGUGGCAGCACAUCAUACUUUAAUCUGGCCAAGGGCACCUGCUAUAAAUCACUGGAAACAUCGGAUAAUUACUGCAAAUCGCCGUGCACCUCGAAAACUACUGGCUAUGUGGGCGACACUUUUAACUGUGCCAACUGGUACUAUUGCGAGAAGACCAAACUUGUGACUAGUGGAGUUUGUGGCUUCGACAUGUGGUUUGACCAGGAGAGACAGGUCUGCGAUUAUCCCAAGUUCGUGACGUGCAAUGCCAAGUAUGAUCUGUGCAAUGUGGUGCCCGCCGGUAUCACGAUUAAGGACGAGCUCUAUUGCAAUAAGUAUCUUACUUGCAAGGCGGGUACGAACACCACGAUCGUGUGUGACGAUGGACUCUACUAUGAUGUGACGACAGCAACGUGCAUCAAGAAGGCCUUGGUGGACUGUGAAAAGCAUCCGUAUCCGGAGAAUGUCUGCGGCACAAAGAAGCUGGCCAUACGAGAUAAAUUUGUGGCCGACGGUGCCACCUGUCGCGGUUAUUUCCAUUGCCGUGAUCUGGGCUCAGGUGUGCCGGAUCCGGAACCGCAGUGGCACCAGUGCCCCGUUGAAACCUUUUUCAACGAGGAUAUCCAACUCUGUCAGCCCAGGGCGGAUCGCAAGUGCUCGGAGGAUCGUUGCGACGGACGUGACUCUGGCUUCGAGCUGGCCCAGAUUGAGGGUUGCCAGAAUUAUUUUGAGUGCGAGAAUGGUGUGGAAAAAACACCAUUUAAAUGCGACAACAAUAUGUAUUUCGAUGUAGCGACUCAAACAUGUACAGCUGAGAAAAAGGAAUACGGUAGCUGCAGCUCUGAUAAAGACAAAUACGAUCCCAAUAACUGGGUUUUUUAAAUAAACUCCUACAAGUAUUGACAUCAAUUCAUUCGAAUUAAGCAUUUAGUACAUGUAAAUCAUUUGUUUUUUAUAUAAUUAUCCAUUGCUGGGAAACAAUGCCCGCAAUAUUUGAAAAACGUCAGUUUACUCAAAGGAAAGCAGGCCCUGAAAGGUGUUCACAAUAGUGCUCCACAUGCAUAAAGCAGUGGUAUGGUGUUUGCCAAGCAGUUUAUUCAAGCAGUCUGUUGAAAUGCAGUGCU